GGUAAAAGCUAGCUAAAGACAGCAUUGGUAAAAGCUUUCUAAAGACAGCAUGUUUCUUUUUCAUUAACAAAAGGUUGUUUCCAUGGAGAUGGGCUCACAGGAACAUCUGUCAUCAAGACCUUUAUGGAUCAGUUCAAUCUCCUGUUGUGGUUUGUUGUUUAAGAAAAGCAAAAACACAGUCUCACUUUACGAAUUUCUCACCCACUAUUAAGCUAUCAUCCUGAAACGAAGGGCUAAGGUUAAUUUUGCUUUGAGAGUCAAAAAUUAGAGAAGGAGACCUCUGCUGCGAAGUUUUACUUUGAACGGAAGGUUAAUUGAAGCUGAACUGAUUCGUUGAUGAAGGACUAGGGAUAAAUUGGUAAGCUGAUUCUAUAUUUUAAGCUUCACAAUGCAAAAAGCCAGAUUUCAUGGUCAGCACUUUGGGAUCUUUGAGAAAAGCUUGCGAACUGACGAUUCCACGAAAAACACUACAACAGAACAGAGAACCCCUCGCAUAAACGAGACAGAAGAUAUGGAGGAACACCUUGAAAAGAAAACACAACAACACAAUAUGGCGAAUACAGUCGAAGGAAAGCGGAGACAGAGCGUAUUUUACACGCACGAAAUCAAGAAAAUAAUGGACGAAAUUUUGAAGGAGAAACUAUCCACUCAAUUAUAUGACGCCAAUACCUGUAGGGUUCUCUGCAUUAGUUUGUCAGAGGAUAUUAAAAGCCGAGUAAAGAAUCUAGGAAUGGAGAGAUUCCGUUUGAUAUGUAGCGUCAGUAUAGGAUCGAACUGUGGCCAAGGUAUUUUGAUGGCUAGUCGGUUUCUUUGGAAUGACUUCAGAGAUAAUUUUUCGACUUCUUCUUUUCAAAAUGCGUCUUUAUUUGCUGUAGCUAUCGUUUUCGGAGUUCUAAAAGAGUGAAGUGACAUUUGGAGCGAUGAAGAACACUGUAGAAGUCAGGCUGAAUGGAUUAAAGCUUUAAACAGCAA